AUGGAAAACAUGUCAAAUUGUCUGGAAGAUUAUUCUGAUAUUUUUAAUUUAGAAACAAAACUACGUCAAGUAUUAGCACAGCUGCAAUUUAAAAGUAAUGCAUUGGAUAAAUCACGUGAACAAUUAACAGAAUCACAAAAUUUAGUAUGUAAAUUACAAAUAUCACUUGAAAAUGAAAAAAGAACAACAAAUAAAUUACAACAAGAGCUUAAUAAUACUGUACAAGUUAUAACACAAUUUGAUAAUGAAAAAAUAAGAGGACAAUCAGAACGUGCUAGACUUGAAAUUAAUUAUCAAACAUCAAAAAUUGAACGUCAACAUCUUCUUGAUCAAGUUAAAAUAAUGAAAACAGAAAAUGUACAAUUACAACAAACAAUUGAAAUUCUUGAGGCUAAUUUAUCUGAAAAAAAUAUUCACAAUCAAUCAAUGGAAAAUUCUGUUAUUGAAUUGAGAAAUCAAUUGUUACAUUUGCAAUCAAUAAUGUCAAGCAAUCUUGAAAAAUUACAAAAAGAACAAGAGUAUUUAAGAUGUUCAUUUAAAAAUGUAACAGAUAUUUAUGGAAAAAUUGAAAAUAUUAGUAAACAAGUUUUAACAUCAUGUAAUCAAGAUAAAAAUGAGCUUGAAGAAAUUAAACAAAAAUUAGCUAUUGCAAUAUUAGCACAGACGCCAAUAAAUUUUUCAGCUUCAAAAACACCAGACACAUUUAUGAAUCAAGAGUUACGUGAAUUUUCUGAUAAAAUUAAUAACAGAAAAAUUGAUGAUAAAUUAGAUGAAAUAUGUAAAAAUUUACAAAAUAUCAAUGUCGUUCCAUCAAAUGUUACCCAAGUAACAAAACAAGCUGAAUUUAAUAUUGAAGAUUUUGAUUAAUAAUAAUAAUUAUUAUUUUAAAAUAAUAUUUACAUUUGCAUAGCUUUAUAAAUAAAUUCUAAAUAUUUAUCAACUCUUGUAUAUUUAUCUGGCAUUCCAGUACCA